GCCGUUUUUUGUCUAUCUCAAUAAAGUUUUGAUUACAAUGGCUAACGACGCAAAUAAUAGUAUGAUGGCAGUAGUGCCUUAUGAUCUGGAAAUAAAUGAAUACCUUUUGAAUGUUAUACAUUCAAAUGAAAGAAUAGAAGUCCUAGGUAAUAUAGAGAGGAACGCUCGUAAACGUGCUGAAGAUUUAAAAAAUCUUUGUUUCAUAAUCAAAGAUAAUAAAACUUUGUUAGAAACUCAAUUGAAACGAACAAAACAAAAUAAAGAAAGUUUACUUGCUGCUCUAGAGGCCUACAAAUCUACAAAUCUAGUGCUCAAAAAUCGGUCAUUAUUAGCUAAAGAGCAGAACGCCUAUAUACUCGAACAAAGAAUUAAAACAUUAAAAAUAUAUGAAGAAAAAUGGCUAACAACUAAAAACCUAUUUGAAAAUAUCCCUUUUAUAAAAAGUUUCAUUGAAAAAAAUUACGAAAUAGAAACUGUGAAAAGGGGAAUCGAUUCUAUUAAUAAUGAAGUUGAAAAAAUGCGCUCUGAUAUUAUAUUAAAAAAAACUGAAUUUUUAAAUAUGAGGAAUAAAAAUAUAGUAGAAUUGGCUGAUUAUAUGAUCAAUAAAAAACCUUUAAUUUUGAAAAGUAUCAACGAGGCAACGAAUGCAAUUAAAAAUUUAAAAAAUGAAAAGCAAAUUAAUAAUCCAGUUAUGAAAAAUAAAUUGCCUGCUUCCGGUUUAAAUAAACUAACGAUCAAAGCUAAGAAGAUUUCUACCGAAGAUACUGUGAGCGCAUCUAGAAAUAGUAAACCUCGUAACGCUUUUGCGCUACCACAAUUGCGUCUCACUGCACAUUCGUAUGCAGCGCCAAUUAACUUUGAUCAGAAAGUUAAUUGCUCGGCACGGCACGACACCGGAAUAGCAAAAAAAAGGCCUUUUGAGUCUUUUAUCACAAGGAAAUUUCAUGCGUUAAAAAAAGAGAACAUCGCUGAAAAGAUCGAUGAAGUUAAUGUAUCAACUUAUUUAUUUGCGGCACCCAAAACAAUGGAUCGCAAUAAUAUACGGAAAUACCCAAACGAUAAAUUAAUACGUGUCUUAGAAAAUGUCAAGUUAGAUACAACUGGAACUUAUAAAAUUGUUUCGCAACUUAAGCCUGAUCAUUUACAGGAUGUGAAUGUUAUUAAGGCUACAGAAUCUCAGCACGAUUUGAACACUGAUCCACCUCAGGAAAAUGUUAAUGAAAACAUUAUAACUGAGGAUAUCGAAAUAUUAGAUUUGACAAAGAAAGCAUCUCAGGAUGUUAUAUUACCACCUACUCAGUUUUUAGAUUUUACUCUGAGCCCUCAAGAGAAAAGAGUUACAUUUAAUGGAGUAAUAACAAUUGAGGAGUUACAAAGUUUGGUAACUAAUGACACAACACCUCAAGAUGAUAAUGCAAUAAAUGAUCCGCCUGGCAGCCAACUAAAUGCUAGCACGACUAGCAAUGAUAGCUUCAAGAAGAUCAAAGAUUUCGUAUUCAAAAAACGCAAUGUAAAUCUAUCCCCAGAAUUUACAUAUACCAGAAAUGUAGUAGUCCCCAUGGUUGCAGAAAAUAAAACUGUUACUUCAAAAUUUUUUGAUGAAAAGCAACAAGGUGAUAACAAUAUCGACAGUUCACAAAUACAAAAUAUGGAAAUUGUAGAGGUUGUUGAUGAAGAGCCUCAACUUAAACAGACACAAGAAAUUCACGCGGAAACAAUAAAUCAAACUAAUACUACUUCUGACAACACAUUUGAGGCUCAAGAAUGCACACAAAAAGAUGAAGUCUCUCUAGCUGCGCCAUCAUUUUCAAAUUCCAUUCGGGAUAUACCUCGCACCCUGAAUAUUUCUAUGAACAAAACCGGCAAUGAAGAUGAUGGAGAAUUUCCACAUUGCAUUGAUUCAAGCCUUCUUUUGUCACCAAAAGCCGAUGAUGAAAUGCAAACAAAUAAUAAUAAAAUAGAGACACAGCCUCGGGAGGUGCCUAGCUUUUUGUCAGGAUUUAGGAGGACAGGCUUUUCUUUGUUCGGGACAAAGACAAACGAAGCUGAUGCACAAAACCAGAAUAACUUUAAUUUCAACUUUGGUGGAAAUGAGAAGACAAAGAAAAGUGGAUUUUUCAAUAUGUUUCAGUAAAUUACAAAAACACAAAAUAAAUAAGUAAUAAAAUAGAACCUAAUAAUUUAUACCUAACUAACUAAUAAUUAUAAUAGUUUUAUACCAAUAAUAAAUAACAUAAAAACUUAAAAAUUUUGACAGCUGAUUUACAAAAAUAGGUACUUAAAAUACAAAAAAAGAUACAAAUGAAA